AUGCCGGCUGUUCUGACUCACAGAGUAUUUGUUGGAGGAAAGAUGAACAUGUGUUAUAAUGCUGUUGAUCGGCAUGUGGAGAAUGGAAGAGGUGAUCAAGCAGCUGUCAUUUAUGACAGUCCGGUUACCGGCACUAAACAGGUCAUCACAUACAGAGAAGUGCAGGAGCAGGCGUCUAGGUUGGCGGGUGUCCUGGUGAGACAUGGUGUGAAGACGGGUGACCUGGUGGUGAUCUAUAUGCCCAUGGUUCCUCAGGCCAUGUUCACCAUGCUGGCAUGUGCCCGUAUUGGUGCCACCCACAGCCUCAUAUUUGGAGGAUUCGCCUCCAAAGAGCUCUCCGUCCGCAUUGACCAUGCUAAGCCCAAGUUGCUGGUGACAGCAUCAUUUGGCGUCGAGCCGGGCAGAAGAGUGGAGUACAUUCCCCUGGUAGAGAAAGCUCUGGAGCUCAGCAGUCACAAACCACACAAAGUCCUCAUCUACAACCGUCCCAGCAUGGAAAAGGUGUCUCUGCAUCCUGACCUGAGCUUGGACUGGGAGGAGGAAAUGGCCACUGCCCGCCCUCACAACUGUGUGUCCGUCCCCGCUCAUCAUCCUCUGUACGUCCUGUACACCUCCGGCACUACUGGUACUCCAAAGGGUGUAGUCAGCGAUUCAGGAGGAUAUGCCGUGAUGUUAAACUGGACUAUGUCUAAUGUUUACGGACUAGCUCCUAGUGAGGUCUGGUGGGCCGCAUCUGACCUUGGCUGGGUGGUGGGCCACUCAUAUAUCUGCUACGGUCCACUUCUACAUGGCAACACCACUGUGCUCUACGAGGGCAAACCUGUGGGGACUCCGGACCCCGGGGCCUUUUUCCGUGUGAUGUCUGAGCAUGGGACGGCCUCCAUGUUUACCGCUCCUACUGCUAUCAGAGCCAUUCGCCAACAAGACCCUCAGGCAGAACACGGGAAGCAGUACCCGCUCAGCAGGCUGAGGAACUUGUUUGUAGCCGGGGAACGCUGUGAUAUAGAGACCCUCGAAUGGGCCAAGAGGAGUUUUGGAGUCCCAGUGCUGGAUCACUGGUGGCAAACUGAGAGUGGCUCUUCCAUCACUGCGUCCUGUGUCGGUCUGGGCUGCUCACGCACUCCCCCCGCUGGUACAGCCGGUAAAGCCGUGCCCGGAUACAACGUGACCGUGAUUGAUGAUGAAAUGCAACAGGUGAAACCAAGGACUUUGGGGAAUAUUGUUGUAAAGCUUCCUCUGCCUCCUGGGGCGGCUCUCAGUCUCUGGCAGAAUCAGACGCUGUUUAAGGAGCUGUACUUCACCAAGUUUCCUGGUUACUAUGACACCAUGGACGCAGGUUUUGUGGAUGAGGAGGGCUUCUUGUACAUCAUGUCUCGGUCUGAGUCCACCGGUGCCCUCGAAGAGUCUGUCCUGCUGCACUCUGCCGUGGUGGACUGUGAUGUGGUGGGGCUGGAAGACCCCCUGAAGGGACACGUUCCACUGGCUUUGUGUGUGCUCCGAAAUGACUGUCAGAGGAGUGCGGAUGUGCUGGUGAACGAGAUGGUGAAAUCGGUGAGGGACACCAUCGGGCCGGUGGGGGCUUUUAAGAAGGUCGUCUUUGUCAAAGCUCUUCCCAAAACCCGCUCGGGAAAAAUUCCACGAUCGUCUCUCGCUAACCUGGUGAACCACAAGCCUUAUGAGAUCAGUCCCACCAUAGAAGAUCCUGAGGUCUUUAAAGACAUUGAGAAGGUGCUUAGAGAAACUGUGAAAGAACCUGGGACGUACAAACCGUCAAAGUGUCUGAUAUAACCGAAAGACAGGAGGUGGAGGGCUGUACAACAGACGUCCCCCGCGUCUCGAACGGAAACAUUUUUACACCAAA